AAAAUAAAAUUCUUAGAUUUCUAGUAAACAGAUUACGUAGAAUGACUACACAAGGUCCAAUUCAGUUGGAGAAGACAGACAAAAGAGACUAUCUCAAAGAUAUCGAGAAAUCCAUUCAAUCACAAUGGAAAGAUAACAAAACUUUCGAAAUUGACCCUCCAAACGAACUCAUGGAGUUGUCAACCGAGGAAUUGCACAAAAAGUACCCAAAGUACCUCUCUACAUUCCCUUACCCAUACAUGAACGGUAGUCUUCACUUAGGACACGCUUUCUCCAUCUCAAAGGUUGAAUUCGCCACUGGUUGGGAGAGAAUGAAGGGAAAGAAGGCUCUUUUCCCAUUAGGCUAUCACUGCACUGGUAUGCCAAUCAAGGCUGCUGCUGACAAGCUCGUUCGUGAAAUGGAACUCUUCGGUAAAGAUUUAUCUGGUUACGAGCAACAAUCAGAAGAAAAACCAGCCGAGACAUCCACUCCUGCUGCUAACCAAGCUGAGGAAAGGAAAGACAAGGCUCAGAAGGGUAAGAUUGCCGCCAAGAAUACCGGCCUCCAAUACCAGUUCCAAAUCAUGGAAUCUAUCGGUGUCCCAAGAUCUGAGAUCCAUAAGUUUGCAGAACCAGAAUACUGGCUUGAGUACUUCCCACCAAUCGCGCAAGCAGACUGUACCGCUCUUGGCACUCGUAUUGACUGGAGACGUUCUUUCAUCACCACCGACAUCAACCCAUACUACGAUGCUUUCGUUAGAUGGCAAAUGAACAAGCUCAAGUUCCUCAACAAGGUCAAGUUCGGUAAGAGACACACCAUCUAUUCUAUCAAAGAUGGCCAACCAUGUAUGGACCACGAUAGAUCAUCUGGUGAAGGUGUCGGUCCUCAAGAGUACACCGGUAUCAAAAUGCAAGUCCUUGACUGGUCAGACAAGAUCUCCCCAGAAGUUAAAUCCACUCUUGCCAAUAAGAAGGUCUUCUUUGUCGCUGCUACCCUCCGUCCUGAGACUAUGUACGGUCAAACCAACUGCUACGUCGGUCCAAAGAUUGAAUAUGGUGUCUUCGCAGUCAACGAUGACGAAGUCUUCGUCUGUACUGAGAGAGCUAUCCGUAACAUGGCCUACCAAGGUGUAACAGCCUACGAAGGCGAAGUCCGUAGACUUGCUACUAUCAAGGGUAGCGACAUCGUCGGUACAUCACUUAAGGCACCACUUGCAAUCCUUGAAUGCAUUCGUAUCCUUCCAAUGGACAGUGUCUUGCCAACCAAGGGUACUGGUGUUGUCACCUCCGUUCCAUCAGAUUCACCAGACGAUUAUGCCAACUACAUGGAACUCAGAAAGAAGGCUGAAUUUUACGGUAUCGAUCCAGCAUGGGUAUCACACGAUAUCAUCCCAGUUCUUAAGACACCAAGCUUCGGUGAUCUUACCGCAAAGACUCUCUGUGAGAAGUUCAAGGUACAAUCACCAAAGGAUGCUAAGAACCUCGCGGAAGCUAAGGAGUUAGCUUACAAGGAAGGUUUCUACAGUGGUGUGAUGGUUAUUGGUGAAUAUGCUGGCCAACCUGUCCAAGAAGUCAAGAACAAGGUUAGAGAUGCAAUGAUCAAGAGCAACGAAGCCAUCGCUUACUCUGAACCAGAAGGUAUGGUCAUGAGUAGAAGUGGUGAUGAAUGUAUCGUCGCGCUCUGUGACCAAUGGUACUUAGACUACAGCGAAGAAGCAUGGAAGGCUCAAGCAUUUGAGUUACUCAAAAGAAUGAACACUUACUUCCCAGAAACUAGACAAGGUUUCGAAUACUCACUCGGAUGGUUGAACCAAUGGGCUUGUGCUAGAUCAUUCGGUUUGGGUAGCAAAUUACCAUGGGACAAACAAUACCUCGUCGAAUCACUUACUGAUUCUACAAUCUACAUGGCGUACUACACUAUUGCUCACCUCCUUCAAGGUGAUGUCAAGGGUACCAGGCCUGGACAAAUGGGCAUCAAGCCUGAAGAACUCACUGAUGAAGUUUUCGAAUACAUCUUUGGUGGUGGUCCACUCCCUGAGACUUCAAUUAAGGAGGAAGACCUCAAGAGAAUCCAAAAAGAAUUCAGCUACUUCUACCCAAUGGAUCUUCGUUCAUCUGGUAAAGACUUGAUCAACAACCACCUUUCAUUCUCUAUAUACAACCACUCAUGUCUCUUCCCAGAAGACCAAUGGCCAAGAUCUAUGAGAGCAAACGGUCACUUAAUGUUGAACGGUCAAAAGAUGUCCAAGUCAACUGGUAACACACUCACUCUUAGAGACGCUGUCGAGAAGUUCGGUGCUGACGCAACAAGACUCACUUUAGCAGAUGCAGGUGACGGUAUCGAAGAUGCAAACUUCGAAGAAAAGACAGCCAACGCUGCUAUUCUCCGUUUACACACAUUGACGGAAUGGUGCAAGGAAGUCGUCGAGAACAAGGGAUCAUUUAGAACUGGUCCUGCCGAUACCUUCCACGAUAAGGCAUUCCGCAAUGAAAUGCAUCACUGUAUUCGUGAAGCAUACAAGAGUUACGAAGGUACAUUCUACAAAGAGGCACUUAAGUUGGCUCUUUAUGAAUUCCAAUCUGCAAGAGAUUGGUACCGUGAAGUAACUAUCGUUGAGGGCAUGCAUGCAGAUCUCAUCCUCGAUUGGAUCAAAUUGCAAGCACUCAUUAUGACACCACUCAUUCCUCACUUCUCUGAACAUGUCUGGCAAAACAUUCUCAAGUUGCCUGGUAGCGUACAACACGAGCGUUAUCCAGAAGUCCCAGAAGUUGACCAAACACUUUACGACAGUCUCACCUACGUAAGAGCAUCUGUCAAGACAAUGAGAGAUGCUGAACUCGCAUUGGCAAAACGUAAGAAGGGCAAGGCAAAUGAAGCAUUCGACGUUAAGGCUAAGAAGGCAUUGAAGGUAUUCACAGCAAAGUCCUACCCAGCUUGGCAAGAGCAGUGUGUAAACUUCGCCACCGAAUGCUGGACUGAAUCCGAUAAGACUUUCGAUGACGGAAAGUUGAAGAACAUUCUCAUAGAAAAGGGUUUGAUUAAGGAUAAGAGAAUUAUGCCAUUUAUUCAAUCACUCAAGAGACGCGCUAUGCAAUUUGGUGGUGAAACUGCCUUCAAUAGAACUUUACCAUUCAAUGAGCGUGAGAUUCUCCUCAACUGCGCUGCAUACUUCCGUAAGACACUCAACCUUGAGCAAUUUGAGGUCGUUGAAGUCGAGGGCCAGAACAGCUCUGCAAGUGACGAAUACAAGGAUCUUCCUGAUCACGUCAAGAAACUUAUAGACAACGCCGAACCAAAUUCACCUGGUUUCCAAUUCUACAACGUCAACUAAAAAGUCUCUUUCUAUUUCAUACAUUUUUUGUUUCGAUUAAAAAUACUAUCAUUUAGUCUGUUUUUGCCUUCUCCUUUCUGGGGAUUAACUGGAAUUCUUUGACUAGAAUGUUGUAAACACUUCCGAAGAAGAGAGCUAUCACUGUGCUGGUAAUAAUGAUAACGUUGUAUGGCAUUGAGAAAUCAGGUGUAGCGAGAUCAAUUAAUAAGGGUGUUGUGUAUUGAAAUCUCGUUUCAUCAUCUCGAUUGAAUAAUAAAACUCCAGGAGGAAUAUCAACACCGCGGUGAAUAUCAGGUGCGUAAUCUGCAUAUUGGAGAAACUGGCGUUGGUAUAAACACUCUAUUGUAAGUUGAGAGUGUGCAGGUAUCGUCGCAUUCACUUGGAGUUUAUAUGGGUCCUUUUUGGCUUCGCCAAGCGAAUGUUUGUAGCUUGUAUCAUUCAAACCACCAUUUAUUGUGAAGGUGUGCAGCCAGGGUUCUAUUUGCCAGGGUAUUGAGUGGAAGUAGCUAACUUGUCUAUCGUUAUCCUCUGUGUUCUCCACCACCGUUCUCACCAACAUUGUUUCUUCAAUUGGACCGGCGAUCUGAUCUCUUCUGAUCAGUAAAGGUGGAUUUGUUAUAGAUUUUGGAUAGGUAAAUAUUUCUUGAAAGGGAUAAACCACUGACAAAGCGAGUGGUUUGACAGACUGCAUUAUGUCCAGAUCAACAAUUCCAUCUUUAACUUCACCAUCGUGGUCUUCUGGAAGAACCACCCAGAGGUCUUCAUCGUGUCCUUGCUGAGGUGUUGGAGGCAGAUUGAAAUAAACCUUACUGCUAUCCGCUAACGGACAAGGGCUGUUGACAGACCUAUCUAACAUCCCCUUCGUAGAGUAUUGUCUCUGUUGAUUCACUCUAGUUGGAUUCAUAACAGCCUCGAUCAUUAUUUCGACCCUUGCUCCGUUGUCAGUCCGAUACAAAGACAAUCCCAAACUAUGGUAAUCUGCAUCGAAUAAUUUAUGAGGAUUAAGCAGUUGUCCCAAUCCUGCCGAGCUCUUGCAUGGUAAUAAAGCAAUAAAGGGAGUAAGAUUCUCCGUGCAUGGCAGUUGUGACGCAAUCUGUGCAUGCGUCCAUGUCUUACCCUUCAAUUCGACUUGGUGGGCAUUAUCAGAAGUGCUAAAUGAUGCGCAAAACAUUCCUGAAAGCGUAUGCACCAAUCUAUUCCAUUUUGUUGGGGUACUGUCAGAAUUGUGUGACACCCACAACUCUAUACCUGAACUGCCUAGUUGUGGGAAGUGUGGGUAGUGCCACUUGCUAUAAUCCCAAAUGCCCGCUGAAAGACUCAAAUGAAGUUCGUCGAUAUCGAUUUCAGGCGAUCUGAGAAGAUUGACGAGUGGGAGAGGGAAUAAAUUUGUAUGUGGCGCUAGAAGUUAUCCUAAGAAAUGCCCAAAAAUGAAAAUUCACUCACAGAUUUCGCUAUCGGUUAUCGUGAAGUUGAACCCAACGUCGACUCUGCCAUCCUGAAGUGGGUUUGUAGUGAGGUACUCAUUAAAGCUAUCUGUAGAAGCCACAUAUCCAAAUAUAAAGGACAAAAAGAGCCAGCUUAUCAUCCAGAUUGCGCUAUAACUUGGUUGACGAUGAACAACGAAGACAACCUAAAUGAUGAACAAAUUCUAGCUCAGAUUGCUAAACUACAGUCAAAACUGGCUAACAAAAAGAAUCCUGAGGAGGAUUCCAGCAGAUCGAACGUACUCGUACCGGAUUCACCACCAAAGAAGACAAAAAAGGAGAAUUUAGAUCAGCCUCCCAAUCAAAACACCUCUGUUACGACAAAGAGAACUCAGGCAAAAUCAAAGGCACCAGUAGCAAAAGCGGUACCAGAAAAACCAUCUAGUCUUCUCAGUAACCUUAGUAAACUCAACAAAUCGCGUCAAAGUGGAAAACACCAUGAUGAGGAUGUCGACUAUAGCGCUAACAAAAGUAGUUCUUUCAAAAACAGAAUGAAACAGGUAGAGAAUACCGAAGACGGUGCUAUUAGACGUGAUGAAGAUCUACAGAUAGUGGAACAACUCCAGUUUGGUCCAAAAGAAGUUAACAAAUCGGACAAUGAGCUGAAGGAAUUUGAGCCAAACUCAAACUCGCGUCUAAGUGAACGAUACAUGUCGCAUUCUCAAUUUACAGCAGCACUUACCGGAAGUUACAUUAUAUCACCCUCGACACUCUACUCUGUCGCUCAACUGAGUCACGGGGGAACUAGCUUCCAUAUACCCGUACAUGAAGACUGGGUUACUAUUGGUGUAGUUGGCACAAGCAGUGGUGUCCAGCAAACCAAGAGAAGUCAAGAGGCAAGCGUCGAGGAGAAAACACAUCAUAAAAACAAACACAACAGUGAACAACAAGUCAAAAAGUUCUGUUCAUUUAGUGUUAUCGAUAUGGCCAACUCACAGAAAGGCAACUCUUAUGUAAAGCUCGUACUCUUUUCAGCAGACAGCAGCGAGAAGGACCACGACGGAGAGAUGCUCUAUAAGGGUGGUAGUGGUGGUGCUUACGAGAAGUUCUGGAAGUUGAGACAGGGUACUGUCAUCGCGCUUCUCAAUCCUGACAUCCUAAAACCGCAACAAGCGCGUAAAACUAACAUUCUUGGGUUGACUGUAGUGAAUGCUGAUUCUAUCAUUGUGAUAGGACAUAGCAAAGAUUAUGGGCUAUGUGAGGCUCUCGUGAAGACCGGAGAAAGGUGUAAAAGUUGGAUAGACAAGAGGAGAGGCAAAGUCUGCGAUUUCCAUUUGCAAGCUGGGAUAGAGAGGGCGCGAAACAGUAGACCUGAAUUUUCGUCCAGUACCGGUGGUAUGGGCAGUUCAGCUAAGCAAGACAAAUUCCGUUCAAAAAUGCCUACACGAGGAUUCCAAGAAGCAGAUAGAAAGUUUGCUGGAUUUAAAGAUCCGUACGAUACUAACUACACACCUACUUACACAUUUAGUGGUGUUUCUACAAGCAAUGCUGAACAGAAUUCGUCAGGUGUUUAUGGACGGGAGAAGGAAGAAAGACUAAAGAGAAAGCGACAACGUGAGGAGAACGAGAAUAUGAUCAAAGACUUAUCGAAGCCAAAAAGAUCAAGAGCUACAAGCAAUCUCAGUAGAUCGAGCCAAGAAGAAGAGUCUAACGAAACACGUAGAACAGUCUUCCAUUCGCAUCAUGUACGCAAAAUUGGCUUUAAUCCGGCUGGGAUUUCUCAUCGUGAUAUCAAAGACCCCAAUAGUGAUACCAAAAAAGAUCAACUUAUGAACUCAUUGAGACUCAAGACAACACCAUCGACACAGCCAAAAUCAGAGGAG